UAUCGAAAAUGUUCUCGACGUUGUUGUUGGUUUUAUUUUCAACUGUUUACAAAACAGAAGCGAAAUUUUACGAAACCGAAUUAGGGCCGUACGGUAAAUACAGCACCCAGGAGUACGAUCACGAUUUGGGGUAUCCAUAUGGUCUGGCUUACAAAAAAUAUCCUUACGAACACGAAGUUGUUGUACCGAAAAGUGUAGGUUACGCGGGAGGAAUCCCAGGAUACGGAGGAUUGCGUGAGGACGUUGGAUAUUACGGACGUAAAGGAUUAAUUGGGGUUCCUUUAGGACCCGGUUACGGUUAUGGUCCUGUCGGUUAUUCCCACGUAGUCCCCUACGAAUCCGGUUUAAUAGCAGGACACCCUCCUUUCGGUAUAUCCCAAAUCGACAAAGGAAUUUACAGCGAUGGUAAACAAAAUCUGGUAGGCGAAAAAUUCAAUUACGCGAAAGGGUAUAACGGAGAAUUGGUGAAUCACGGGGACGCCGGUUACGCCGCGGGAACUGUAGGUUUCAAGGACAUCAAAGGGGAUUCGUUACAUUUUAUCGACGCCGACGGUUUAAAAAAAGGACACCACGAAGGUAAACAGUACAACGGGGCGGAAUAUUUCGAUUCGGAGGGUAAACACGGCGACGAGAAAGUUUUGAACGCGAAUCAUAAUAAAGGACACAACAUCAAAGGUUUCAAAAAAUCGCAUCACCUAGACGAAACCGGUAAAACGGAAGAAUUUUUCGAUCACGACCACGACCAAGGAGGAAACUACGUCUUCGACGGACGAUUCGGAAAAUUCGGAGAAGCCGGUGGACAGGGAUACAAGGGAGGAUACAGCGACGGUAGAUUUAAAACAGGGGAGGCGACUAAAGAAGGUCACGUCGGUAACGAAUAUUUCCAAGAUAAAUCUCAAGGAAACCACGGGAAAUUCGGCGAAAACAAAUUCGCCGAAAACGAAGAAGCGUACGGUUUGAAUAAAGGAUUCGGCGAACGCGGAUUAACCGCCCAUCACGAGAACAGCGGUAUUUACAAAAAGCAUCCCGGUUUCGGUUAUUAUUGAUAAAUGAUCAUGUGAUAAAACUUUCACUUACCUUAAUAUUUUUUUUUUCAAUUAAAAUAUUUAUAUAAGUAGUUAAUAAAUAAGGCAUUU